UUCCAUGCUCUUCUAUUUCAGGGAACUAGUUUGUAACGCGCAGGCGCCGCUUGAGUACACAUGUUUCCGAGCGCCGAUGUUAGAUGUAGUGUGAUGUGUUCUGCGUAGCUUUUGUUAAGAGCCAUGGCUUUUAGGAACACAGCGCACGAGCGGAAUAUCGCUACAUACACAUUACGAUGCUUAAACCGAGCCACGCCGCCGCGGCCUUCACAUCCUCGGUGUGUCCUAGCAGAGCCUCCCACAUACGGCGCGUCUCACUGGGGCAGGAGAGCACCGUGGUGCCGCUGGAUGAGCACAAGUCAAUCAGGGUUCAUUUCAAAGGUCCCACAACAUCCCACAUGGGAGCCAGUAGCUGAGAGACAACUUCCUCCUCCUACUAAAGUCUCUCUGGACCUUGUGGAUAAGUUGGAAAGACUCGCUCUUGUAGACUUUGGCAGCCAGGAAGGUGUGGAGUGUCUGGAGAAUGCCAUUCGCUUCGCUGAUCAGCUCCAUGUAGUUGACACGGAAGGUGUGGAACCAAUGGAUUCUGUUCUGGAGGACAGAGCUCUGUAUCUGAGAGAGGACACAGUGAUGGAGGGAAACUGUGCAGAGGAACUUCUUCGGCUCUCCAGAAUCACAGAGGAGGAAUAUUUUGUAGCACCUCCAGGAAACAUCCCGCUUCCGAAGAGAGAGGAGCGAUCGGCUAUGCUGAAGCACUCAGAGCUCUGAGAUCAGAAAUAUCCAGCAAGACAAACUGUUCCAAUAAACAUGAACUCACUGCUCUAUACAAUAACACAUUAUUCACUGUGAGUGCUGUGUCCAGUUCAGGGACAGGGUGGAUGUGGAGUUUAUACUGGGAUCACUGGAGGUUUAAUUGUACAAUAAAUUCCCAGCACAGAUUUAUUUUAAAGAAGGAAUUUACAUAAUAAUAUUUCACCUUUAUACUUCAGCCAUAGAGAUUUCUGUCCCUGAAAUUCAUGCUCACAGAGCACAUUACGUCCAAGUUGACUUUAUUUAAUGGCCUUGAUCUUGAGUUACUGAAGCCUGAUUAAUGUAUUCCAUUUAAUUCAAGUUUAAUUUAGUAAACCUACGAGUAAUAUUUAUGAGUAUGCAGUAAUUAUUCACUUAUCACACAAUGCUACCAAAAAUAAUCCCCUAGGCUAUUGAUGGCACUAAUAGUGUUUCAUUUAGCAGAAACACGAACAGACACCACACCUAUGAAAGAUCAGCUGACAAUAAAUGAGUCACUAACAUUGUUUUGAAGAAUAGAUCCGAGUCAGCGGGAUGCAGAAAGCUGUGAAACCAAAAUAUUUACUGCCACCGUUUGAUUGUGUAACCCUGCUUGUAAGUAGUAGGCUCUCUAGAUAUGAACAGAUGAAGUGCUACUCGGGAUUCAGUAUUCAGAUCUUUCUUACCACGUGAUCUUUCUCAUUCUUAU